AUGAAGUCCUUUUUAAAAAAUGAAAAAUGCAUUUCAGGGUAUGCCACCGCUUUUUUGGCGGGAGGACUUUCUGCAUGGCUUUACUUAGACUCCAGAAAGAAACCAGAAAGUUAUUUAUUUGGUAAACUUGGGAAGUCAUACAAGGUAGGGUGUGCAUCUCAGAAUAAUACAAGCAAAAAGCUUCACCAUAAUCUGAUAAACCAGAAUGCAAAAUUCAAAUUUGAAAAGUCUAAUUAUGUGGAAUUAAUUGGAGAUCAAGGCCCAGUUAAGAAUGGGGAUCUAGGCCCUAAAAAAGGAUUAGCAAAAGUAUCUAUUUCAGCCAUUCAGGUCAAUGCAAAUAAUCCAAUAGAAGACAGAUUGUUAAUACAGAGGAUGAAACUCAAUUUUCCUGAUGGGGAGAGUAAGGAUUUUGUGAUUUCAGCAGUAAUUGAUGGUCAUGGUGGAUGGCAGGUUGCAGAAUAUGUUCAAAAUAACUUUUUGAGAGUUUUCCAGAAGGAGUUGAAUCAAUAUAUGUCUUCACUAAAAAUAGAAGAAAACUCUGAUAAAAGUAAAAAAACUUCUCAUAUAGAUGAAACAGACAUUAUAGCAGGAUUAUUAUAUUCCCUAAAAAAGACAUAUUAUAUAAUAGAUGAAGAACUCAAGAAUAAGCUAGAGGUAGCCUAUAAUCUUGGGUUUUCUAAACUGGCAUCAGUAGGUGCUUGUACAACUGUUUCUAUUAUUACAGAAGAUGCCAUUUUGACGGCCAAUUCAGGAGAUUGUUUAUCUGUGUACUGUAACGAAAAUGGAAUCUGGCUUCCUUUGAAUGAGCAGCUAUCAGCAAUGAAUCCUCAAGAACAGAGAAGACUGGAGGAAAUUCAUAAGCAUGAGAAGGAUAGCCUAAUUCAGUGUAAACAAAUUCUUUAUGAAAAGCUCUUAAUGGGAUUGUAUACUAUUCCAAAAUAUAAGGGCUGUUAUAUUAAGGGGAUCUUGCAGCCUUCCAGAGCAAUUGGAGACUUUAGAUUAAAAUCUAUGGACUUUAACUACAAUUGGGAGAAGGAUUUAAGCACAGAAAAGUUAAUGCCUACAUUUUCAUAUGUACUUAAAGACAUUGGAGGCGAGAAAUCUGAAAAUGAACGGUAUGGAGAAAAGGAAGAUCUAAAUGAAGACGAGUUUCCAUACUCUUAUGAUCUCAUUAAUGGAAAUAAAUCGAUUAAUAUGAGACGAGACAGUUCUAGAUACUUUGUAAAGAAUCCAUUAAGUUUUCCUUAUGUAAGAUCUGAGCCAAUGCUACACCUCUUCUUUUAUAACUCUUUAAAUAAACACUUAAGCUCAACGAACAACACCAACGUGGAAAAGAUCUCUCCAAAUGAAUACUCUUUGACCCCAGUACAAACCAAUUCUUCACUUAAGGUUGAAUGUAUUACUCCAGAAUACAAGCACUUGCCUAUAUCAGAAUAUUCAAACUCAAGUGAAUUUUUCAAAGAUUUCACUCUUUCCAAAAUGAGAAAUGCAUACUCUUAUAUUCAAACUCCCAUUGACUCGUCUAAAAGAAGUUAUCUUAUACUUGGAACUGAUGGUGUCUGGGACUUUUUGACUCCAAAAGAUGUUACCAAUAUUAUAUUAAACUCAAAAUCACCAGACGACGGUAUCAGAAAGAUCCUUAAAAAAGUCCUAAAUAAUGCAGGAGUCGAUAGUGUUGAGAAACUCAAGAGUCUGCCUAAAAAGAGAAAGGUAUUUGACGAUACAAGUGUUAUUCUGGCUGAGAUCACUCCAAAUAAACAAGAUAAUAACUAA